AUUCUAUUUUACCCUACCCUCUCAUUCAGAAUUACAUUCACGAAACAUAUUAGGGUUUUGUUUUAGAGACCAAACUUAUAGGGAUGGUUUUUCUUGUUACCCAAAUCCAAACCACCCCCUGGUUCAAUCUCAAACCUUUACACGGUCACAAGCUCCUUCUGCGGAGAGUCACCAAGAUUUCGAUGUCGACAAUUCAGGGUAAUUCUAAAAGACCCAUUUGCCCGUCUUGUUCCAAACCCACACGAACGUGUCUCUGCUCUCGAAUCCUCACACCGUGUCUCCAAAAUUCCGUCCACGUAACCAUUCUGCAGCACGCUCUUGAGCGUAAGCACCCCCUCAAUUCUACCAGAAUCGCUAGAUUGGGCCUCAAGAAUCUCACCGUUGCAACUGUUUCUGAUGUUAAUUUCCACGCCCGGUUCCAGAUUCGCUUGUUGGAUCCGAAUUGCCAAACGGGUCGUGCUGGAAACGUCAUGAAUGUACUCCUUUCUCGUCCGUAUGGCGAAUUUGGAGACACCCAGAAACUGUUUUCUGAGAAAAGCUCUAACUUGAGCGAUGUUGAUGAUGCCGAAAAAUGUGGUUUGAGAAGUGAUCUUGGAUGUUUUCUGGAUUCUCCCACUCAUUUUGAAGUUGGGACUCAAGUGAGUUCCACUGAUGGUGCACUGGUGAAUGAUGAAGUUGAGAAAAAUGCUGUCUCUCCAAAUUUUGGUUUAACUAGAGGUGUGCAUGAACAUAAUGGUAGUCUUGCUAUUAAUGUUGCCAUUGGCAAAUAUGGUGCCAUUAGCUCUCUGUCUCAUAUUUGGAUAGCACAAGCACAAGCACAAUGUGAAUCCCCCAAGUUAAGCUUUGACAAUAUUUUGGCUUAUCCCGAAGCUUCUGAAGCACUCUCAGAAGGGUUUUUGGUGAAGAAGUUUCAAAGAAAGCCACCGAACAGGGAUGCAGACUUGGAAGAAGAAUGUGAAGAAUUUGAGCUGGAGGUUCGUCCUGGAUCAGUGCUACUAUUUCCCUCUGAUAAGGCUGUGAAUAUUAGUGACCUAGAUGCUAUUGGUUUUGAGGUGAAGAACUUGAUUGUUUUGGAUGGAACAUGGGCCAAGGCGAAAAGGAUUUACAGUGAAAAUCCUUGGUUGAAUGUUUUGCCCCAUGUGAAGUUGGAAGUAAAUGAGGCGAGCUUAUAUAGUGAUGUGAGACAUCAGCCUAAAGCUGGUUACUUGUCUACCAUUGAGAGUAUUGUAUUUGCCUUGAAGGCAGUUGGGGAGAAUCAAGAGGGUUUGGAUGGUCUCUUGGAUACUUUUGAGUCCAUGGUUGGAGACCAGAGACGCUGUAAAGAAGAGAGACUGAGCAAACACUUCUCCAGUUGAGGUCCUUUCUUCUUUAGAUUGAUCACCUUGAAAAGAUGCUUAAACCCAACACAGAAACUAUUUAAAAUAAAUUGUGAACCAAGAACUUUGUCAGAGUUUUUUUGCCUCAUUAUCCACAUCCACCAUGCAAAACCGCGCAAGAGUCCGGCAAGAUUAUCUGUAUAUGAUAUGCAUGGAUAAUUCAUUCUCCGAUGAGUCUAUUGAAAGUCUACAGAUUAUUGCUGUGCCCCCAUAUGCUGAACAAGGACAGGAGCAGUCUGAGUAAAGCAAUCGGUUUACUGAUUGGAACUGGACUGUGUUUUUGUAUCGAUGUUUUAGUAGCCGAACGCUCUUUUAAAGAUUGGACAAUGCACUGAAUGGACCUUCAGAAUCAAGAUAAUUUUGCAGUUUUUAAUGUUACUUCUGCUACAUCUACAUGACCUGAUCUAUAUGUUUACACUGGAUAAAUGAAGACAUUAUGCGCACUGCUCAGUGCCGUUCUCGAGCCAAUAGAGGACAGCCUGUUCCCCUACAGCUUUUGAACAUAAUCAUGUCUGCUCAUGCUAACUGGUGUGGACAUCAAACCAAGAGACAUUGCGAGGAUGGAGCUGGUUUGUUAUUAAUUAUACAAAAAACAGCAGAAACAAGGCCGAGCAAUCCAACGACUUAAUGGUGAUAUUGUAAAAUGGAGUUAAUUGUACACAAACAACAUGGAG